GGCACUGACUGGCAUCACUGCUGGGCACUGACUGGCGGCACUGACUGGCACAACCCCUGGGCACUGACUGGUGGCACUGCUGCACUGGUGGGGCUGCACUGGUGGGCACAGGUGGGUGGCACUUCUGGGCACAGGUGGGUGGCACUGCAGAGUGGCACAGGUGGGUGCACUGCUGGGCACAGGUGGGUGAUCUGCUGGGCACAGGUGGGCGGAGCUAGUGGGCGCACUGCUGGGUACAGGUGGGCGGAACUUGCGGGUGGCACUGCUGGGCACCGAUCAUCAGGGCACUGAUCAUCAGUGCCCUGAUGAUCGGUGCCGAUCCCCGCUCUGACAACUGCCGGUUCUCGGCAGUACUUUCCUCACGAUCUGACAGCGUGAGGAAAGUGCAGCCGAGAAUCGGCACUUGCAU